AUGUGGGAUUUUCAGGGCAGCACGGGCAUGUGUAGGAGUGCUACGACGGAUGAAAUGCCGGGUCCUCUGGGCGGUGUACGUCUCUGGACGUACGGUGUGUCAACGUCAUGCGCCCUCACGUUCACUCGAUUCGCACUGCAGAGAGCCAGGUCUCAAUCUCCAAAGAGGGAAAGAUCAGGCUGCAUCAGCAAAGAGAGCGAGGAAUAUCGUAAGCGACGGCAGCGUAACAACAUUGCUGUCAAGAAAAGCCGUGUUAACGCCAAGAUGCGAAGCCAGAUGACGAUGGAGAAGGUGAGCCAGCUGAAGCAAGAGAACGAGAGGCUAGAGUCGAAGGUGAAGCUGCUCACCAAGGAGCUGGGUCUGCUGCGAGACUUGCUGCUGAGUCAUGCGGCGGGCUCGGCCGCCGACCCCGUCUACACCGUCUCGGUGUACAGCGAGGAGACAGCCGGGGGUGACGACGCCCGCGUUCCAUCCUCCGUUGACCGCGAUGGCCCAGCUGCCCACGACCACGAGUAUGCCACAGUGCCGCAAGUGGCGGCCCAGCUGCCAGCAUAGCUAGGCAGGGUUGGUCUCCCUCAUGGGAGCCGACUUGGGCUAGCCCGCCACUGCAGCCACUACAGCUAGUAGCGGUGGUGAACCAGAUUAUAUUGUACAGUAGUUUUUACGAAAAAAAAAUUCACGUAAAAUGUGUUUGGAAUCAGCAGGCUUUAUUUCAAAAAAUGUAGAUCAUUCAUUUAUUAUGUAUAGGUUUGUCUAAUGAAUGAUAUUUAGUUUGAAUUGUGUGCCAAUAACUGUGUAAAAAUUAUAGAAAAAUCUUCAAAAACGCGUUUUAAUCUACAAAUAUUUAGUCGUUAAGACUGAUGUUAAGUCAAAUCUCUGUGUGUAACUGGUAAGAUCACCAGCACCCAGUGUGGUCUCCAGCUAGAUCUCAGCUAUCAAUAAGUACAGUUGCAGGUAAGUAGAUGGUCAAAAUUCCAAUUUCCUGCUAUGCGACUCGUGGCACUUGAUUACAUGUCUGUUAGCAUCUACUCUGGUUUGACAACGACAUUUUUGUACUGCAAGUUGGUACAUUUUGCUUGUUUUACCCCAGAUCAUGACAAAAUUAUGGUAUUGCUAUAGCGAGGAGAGUGGCCAGCAGGCGUCAAUUAAAUUUCAUGUAAUGUUUUUUUCCAAACGAGCAAGCAGUGCAUGUAGCUCUCUAUGUUAGUUGUGUGGAACGUCAUAGUACUUAAAUCUGAAAGCAUGUUACAUGGCUGUGUGCACUGUCUAAUCCAAAAUUCAUACUUUAUAACACAAUACUUGGUUGUGUGCAUCGUCUGAUACAAGACACAACAUUUGUACUAGAUAUUUGUCACAAGUUUACAUAGCAUCAAAAGAAUGUGAUAUGCUCGUAUGUAUAUUAUGUUCACUUGGUAGCAUAAACGUGCACCUGUUUAAUUAAUUGUUUGAAAUAACUAUAAUUACCGUUAUACAAUUUUCUGCAUUUCAGGUGUAGAUUGACAGCACGGUAAUGACUGCCAUAAUUAGUACUGAUCGCUGGCCUCAACUGGGUUUUGUAUGUCAUCGUUUGUAUGUUUAUAGUUGGUACAUUUGACAUCGCGUCACCAGAUGUCACUGUGUUGCAGAAACGUCUCUUAAUGUCAGUUGGCGUUUUUGGUUGGCCAUCGUGCUCAGAAAUAAUUAUUUUUACCACGGUUAACCGUGGUUAAAUUAUAGCCCGUUUACCCAAUCAGAGGCAUUCAUACGGAUAAUUUAACUGCAGAUAAAUUAUUUUUUCUGCAAUAAAAUUAUACCGUAGCCCUUUUACCUAAAUGGGCCUUCUUACAAAUAAUAACGAGGCAUUUGAUUGAGUAAAAAGGCUACAAUUUUACCAAGGUUAAAUUAUGUGGGAGAAGGCCUCUGAUUGGAUAAAAAGGGCCAUAAUUUAACCGCGGUUAAUUUAUUUCUACCACGGUAAAAAUAAUUAUUUUUGAGUACGAUGGCCAACCAUAUGUGUUAACCCAGGAAUAAAACUAGUAAUUAAAGGUAAGUGGGUGCUUUUAUGCAGAGUGUUAAACGCGAUGUUUAGAGAUAAUGUGCGUGCAUGUAAAUGCAUAUGCAGGUAGGGCUAUAUAAGUAUUUUUGCUGGUUUCACUUGUUAUUUACGAUCACCAGCUGUAUCAGUGCGUAAAUUCUGAUUUUAGCAAGCCCAGGCAAUUUCCAUUUACACUGCAUUCAUUAACUGUUACAAGGUAAAGUUAUAAAUAUAUGUGCAGUACAUUGUGUAAAAAUAUUAAUUUUGAAA